UACAGUGAGGGAAAGACGUGCUGGCCUGGAGAGAGAGAGAGAGAGAGAGAGAGAGUUAUUUCGUGUCUUCUUAUAAGCGAUAAACAAAACAACGAAGGAAGGAAGGAAGGAAGGAAGGAAGAGAAUAAUGAAGGAGACGAUGAUAGGCUGUGAAGAGAAGGAGGAGGAGAGGAGGAGACAUGAGGAAUCCAUCACAUCCUUAACCUACAAACCACUGCAGGAUGAAGGAGAGCGAGAGGUACUGAUCCGCCACGCCAGCAUGGAGGAGGUGGUCGCCCAGAUCCACUCCGGCACCAAUCUGUGGAAGGUCCGAGGAAUAAAUAAACGGUUCCUUCGCCACUACAAGGUUGACGUGGAGAACAUGUCGCUUGUCGGAGAGUCCAGAAAGUGGUGGGCUGCUGGCAACUUCACUGGCAGCGAAGGUCCUGAAAAUGCAGUGCCCCUGCUGGAGAUUACAGAGGUGCGGUCAGGCUGGAAGACCGACACUUUUAACAAGGUCAGCUCUUACCUGGAGAAACUGAAGGAGAAGAAUGCUGCUGGAGGAGGAGCAGUAGGAGGAGGAGGAGUAGCAGCAGGAGGAGUAGCAGCAGGAGGAGGAGGAGGAGGAGGAGGAGCAGCAGCAGCAGCAGCAGCAGCAGGAGGAGGAGGAGGAGAAGGAGGAGGAGGAGGUGGUGGAGAGAAGGAGGAGGAAUUGUUGGACGAGCGGCGGUGCUUCUCAGUGAUCCACGGCCCCAGCGGAAGGGAGGUGCUGGAUCUGGUGGCGGAGUCGGAGGAGGAGAGGGACACGUGGGUGGCUGGCCUCUCCCAUCUUGUCGAGAGUGUUCAGUCUUUACAUCAGGAGAAGCAGUAUGAUAUCUGGCUGCGUAUACAGUUCCAAGAUGCGGACAAGGACAACAAAAGUCUCAACUUCUCGGAGUGUUGUGCUCUGCUGCGCCAACUCAACAUUAAGAUGGACAAGACCCAUGCCAAGAAGCUGUUUAAUCAAGCCAACACCAGCAAGCAGAAGAGAGGAGGAGAACAGGUGCUGGAGGUCGACGAAUUUGUGUCUUUCUAUCAUGCUCUUCUCAAGAUGCCGGAGAUUGAGAAGCUGUUUAAGAGGUACGCCAGUGAAAGGACUAUGAUGAUGAGCGCCCAGCAGCUGCAGACCUUCCUGGCGGGGGAGCAGGGGCUGGACACACUGACGGAGGAGGACUGUAGCAAGAUCAUCUCCCAGUUUGAGCUUAGCAGUUUGAAGGAGAAGGGCUACAUGACUCAGGAUGGCUUCAACCACAUGCUACUGUCGGAGAUGUUUGAUGUUUACACGAGCCACCACCAGCGUUCCGUGUGGCAGGACAUGACCAGGCCCUUCUCUCAUUACUACAUCUCGUCGUCUCAUAACACGUAUUUGACAGGGCACCAGCUGGCAGGGGAGAGCAGUGUGGAAGGGUACAUCAGUGCACUUAAGAGAGGCUGCCGGCUGCUCGAACUGGACGUAUGGGAUGGCGACGAAGGGGAGCCUAUUAUUUACCACGGACACACUCUGACCUCCAAGAUAACACUCCUCGAUGUUUUGAGGGACGGAGUGAAGGCAUAUGCGUUUGAAGCCUCACCUUAUCCUGUUAUCCUGUCCAUCGAGAAUCACCUCUCCCUGGACCAGCAGAGGGUCAUGGUCCAGCAGAUGGAGGAAAUACUAGGAGACAUGCUCCUAACUGAACCAGCCUCGCGGGACAUGGUGGCCCUACCUUCCCCUGAGGACCUGAAACACAAGAUUAUCGUCAGGGCUAAGAAACCACAGGGGACGGAUGUGGAGUCGGAUGAUGAGGAGGAUGACCAGGAUGCCAUCGACUACAUUGACAGUGACGACGGUGCUUCACAGUCCAAGAAAGUUCGCUCUCUGUACCGGAGCUUCAGAAACUCCAUCAGAUCUAGACAAAAUUCUCUCCGCAAAUAUACUGUUCAGGAGCAGAAGCCCCACAAGCCCAUGGCGCCGGAGUUGACCCGAGUCGUGAACGUCCUGGAGGGCAAAAAAUUCACAUCGUUCCAGGAUGCGUUUGAAUCCUACAAGUGCGUCCACACCCCCUCGAUCGGGGAGACCAAAGCAAAGGGUCUGUUUGAGUCGACCCCAGACCAGUUUAUGAACUUCACCGAGAGGCACGUCACUAAAGUUUACCCGCUCGGCACCAGGACGGACUCUUCAAACCUCAAGCCUUACCCGUUCUGGAGUGUUGGCUGCCAGAUUGUGGCACUCAACAUGCAGACAGAAGACAAGGCAAAUUUCUACAACAAUGGUCUAUUUAGAAGCAAUGGUAACUGUGGCUAUGUCCUCAAGCCACCCAUACUGCUCAGGGAGGAGCCUUACAACCCCCUGGAGGCUGCCGAGAGAGCUGGCAAGGUGGUGAGGGUGGUGGUACUGAGCGGGCAGCACCUCCCGGACAGCGCUAAGAAGGGUGACAUCGUUGACCCGUACGUGCAGCUGAAGGUCAGAGGUCACCCCAUCGACCACCAGAAGCAGAGAACUAAAGUUGUCAAGAAUAAUGGCUUCAACCCAGUGUGGAAUGAGCCCCUGGAGGUGACCAUCAAGGUUCCUGAAGUGUCUCUGUUGUAUUUCUCCCUGCGUGACGAGAGCUCCCUUGCCAGCGACCCUGUUUUGGCACUCUGCUGCAUCCCCUUCAGGUCCCUGGCUACUGGUUACAGACACGUUCAUCUGACGGACAUCACAGGGAAGUCUUUGGCCCCGUCAGCUCUGUUUGUCCAUGUGUCUGUGCUGGAUAAGUGAGCUCCCCCCCCCCACUAACCUAAUUCUCUCUCUCUCUCUCUCUCUCUCUCUCUCUCUCUCUCUCUCUCUCUCUCUCUCUCUCUC